UUUCACUUCCUGUUUAAAUUCAACAAAAAAGGUUUCUUGGUGCAACGUCACGCGGGGUCAUGAGAGGAAACCAGACGUGCAGGCAGCUUUGGCUGAUUUCAGUUUGAGCAGGUUUGACGUUCAGCUUGGAGCCGAGAGACUGAGGAAACGAAGAUGCUGAAAUCUCUUUUAAUUAUCCAGCUGGGCUGUCUUUGUCAAGCUUUUCAAAAUUCAACCACUCUGACAAACACAACCACUGACAGAACAGCUAACGCCAGCGUGAAAGCAGAAAGAAACGAGAAGUUGCAAGAAGUGUUCAUAAACGACCCGUAUGUUCACCAUCUCGCUGCGAAAUGCCGCUGGACUCUCAGGAUGUCUGGAAACAGGAGUAACGACAUGGUACCGCUCCCCUCAGACUCUGCAGACCAGUUGGCUCAACAGAUCUGCCAGGAUCUCGACUGUGGCAGCAUUUUUAAUGUAGAAAAAACCAGCUCAGCUCCCAACACCAGCUGCUUUCACCACUGCUUCUUCAAAGACCAGCGUCUGCAGAACUGCUCUGAGACUGCAGGAAGUAGCUGCUCUGUGAUCACCGAUGUUGUUUGUGGUCGUCAGUCUGUACGGUUGGCAGGAGGGUCAGACCGCUGUGCUGGACGGGUGGAGGUCUGGAGAGAAGGGAAGUGGGGCACAGUGUGUGACGACCAGUGGGACCUGAGGGACGCUGAUGUGGUGUGCGCUCAGCUUGGCUGUGGGUACGCCCUCGAUGUGACGGGUGAGGGUGGCUCCUUUCCCCCCGGCAGAGGGCCCGUCCACCUGGACGAACUGAACUGCACCGGCAGCGAGGAGAACCUGUGGUCCUGUCCGGCUGCUCAAGAUGAAUCCGACUGUGGACACAAAGAGGAUGCCGGUGUUGUGUGCUCAGAGAUGAGAGCCGUCAGACUGACUGGAGGCCUGGAUCGCUGCUCUGGUAAAGUGGAGAUCCAUCGUAAUGGCAGUUGGGGGUCGCUGUGUGACAACACCUGGAAUGUUGACAUGGCGUCCAUGGUGUGCUCCAUGCUGCACUGUGGUGCUCAGCCAGAGAAAUAUACUCAGUUUCUUCCACCUUUCACCCACACCAAUACGACACCAUUGUACUCAUAUUCCUGCCCUUCAUCUGAGAGUCUAUGGCAGUGCAAGGAGUUCAUCAACCACCGUUUCCUGUGUGCGGACUCAAAACCUUCUGGUGUCAUCUGUAAUGGAUCCCUCGGGCUUCCCGGACCCACCACAGUUGGUACAGAGGUGGUGACAGAAGGCACAACUGCAGGGACAACCUCAGCGGCUGCUGCUGAAAGCUUGGAGAUGUCGUUUCUGGCACUUCUGAGCACCAUCACUCUGUCUCUCGUGCUCCUCGUGCUUCUCAUCAUAAACACCAUCAUCUGCUGCCUAUACAGAAAGAGGAAUGCUUUCUUAAUCCAGCAGUCGCGCACCAGCUCACGGCCGUCUUGUGAAAAGCCUCAUAACGACAACACAGAGGCCGUCAAUCUGGUCAAAGUCACGGCCAACCCGCAGCAGACCGAUGCCCCCUCCAAUCCCAGGUAUCUUUGGACCCAGUUUAGUAGUGCUGACAGUACAUCAGUAGAUACAGACUAUGAGCAGUAUGAGCCAUUCAAUGACCCGUCUAUCAAUUUAUCCACCUUUCAGAAUUCUCAGCGUUACAGAACAGACAUGAAUUCUUUGAAGCCCCCAGGCCUUAGUAGCCUCUGUGAAGAAGGGCCUCCAAAUCAAGCGAUGGGAAGCUUUAGAAACCUAAAUGGAGGCUCCAUAGAUCCUCAAUAUACCAGAGUCUCGAAGGUCUCCGUGGACUCGUUCGAAUCCUCCAGCACUUCUUCUGGUGAAAGCUAUGAAAACAUAAGUGCCAACCCCAACUAUAUCAACGUUACUCCAGAAGCAGGACUGGACCAGGACAACUUUAACUCUCCAAUAUACACAAACCCCUCCCUUCUCUAUGGCGAAGCAGCUAACCUGCAGAGUUCAGACAACGAUGACAUCGACACUUUACUGAUGAAGCAUCUUCAUCUCAGCGAUGGAGAAUGUGAAGAGAGAAACGUGUGAGGAAAAACAAACUAUUUAGUUUAAUGUUUCCACUAAAUUUUCCUGCAUUUUAAUCAGCAGUUCACAGGAUGAAUGUUUUCUGUGAUAGAAGUUCGGUGUUCAGUUCUUUAAACUUGAUCAAAUUCAUCACAAAACACAACUGUAGUCAUCCUCAGUCACACGCCACCAGUUACAUCUACAUGUGCAAAACUUCUUCAGUCAAGUUAUAAUUCUGAUCAGAUCGGUACUGUUUUCAUUGACCCUGAAAAGGCCCUUGAUGUGCAUGUACAUGCAUCACGUGUUUGAACAGGAUGACUCAUUUUGACAUGUGCAGAACUGUCUGGUUUCAGGAAACAGCAAGAAAAAAAACACACUGAUUCCUGGAGUAAACGUUGCUGUGUGUGCAGAAUGAUUCCCGUCUAACCAGUUGUUUUUAUUGGUGAAUACUUUAGUGUUAAUGGUAAAGUUUAUUUGUAUGGCACCUUUCACUCGUCAAAAAGUGCUUCAUAGGGAAAGUAAGUCGAUGUAAUGUGGUGUGCGAUACUACUAGAUUUGACUUCAAUCCAACAUCAGGGCCAGUAUUGCAGAUACCAGUGUCGAGGUCUGAGCAUAAUUUAUACAAGGCUAUCUGAGUUUACUAAGACUAAUGACCAGUUCCACUUUGAAAAUUAAUAUUAACUGAUGUCAAAGAUGACGAAGACAUCACCGCCAUCACUUUUACCCACAUACUGAAAGGCUUCUGCCAGUUCCCUCUGGGUCGGGGGUCUGGAUCUGGAGCUGUCGGUGUGAGGGACCGAGGCCAAGGAUGAACAGAGCACAGGAGAAUUUUUUAAGAAAUUUGACCAAAAAAAACAACAAAAAUACAAGUUCCCAAGUAAAAGUUCUGGGCCCAUAAAAGAGGUCAAAUAAACAGAACAUCAAUAUAAGGAACUGAAGACUAACUGACACACAAGGGAAACUAUAUAAUCUGGCUGAUCAGACCAUUCUGACACAAGAGGGAAAUACAUAACUAUCUUCAGCUAACUUAACUAAUUCACAACAGAACUUAAACAAUUUAGACUCAUAACUCAUUAGGAAACAGAAAUCUAAAUAAUCAUAAUUCUACAUAAAUUACAACUCUUUUACAAUCUUCUGCUUGGAGCGUUUACAUGGAGCAUUUGUACUCUGAUCAGGUUUUUAAUCCGGUUACUGACAGUUUGCAGAGUAUGUUAGAUAUUUCAUUUUUGGUCUGCAGCUCCAAAGUUUCCUGUAAUCAGAAUACAAGACUCUGUAGAUGGCAGCAGCUCACCUGUGUCCUCUAAACAAAUGUCCAUGCUGUCUUUCUGCUCCAUGUCUCUUUUGGUUGUUGGACUUUUGGAAAUCAGGCUUAUGUGUUAAGGCAUCUUCAGAUGUUCUAUGAAUGUAAAAAUAUCUGUAAUAUAUGAGAUUUAUGUCAUUGUUACAUUUGUAAUGACCAGUAUGUACAUUUCCCAUGUUUCCUGCAUUUUUUGUACAAUAAAAAAAAUUUAAAAAAAUGUAUAA